AUUUGCACAGCUGCUGGGGCGGAGGAGUCCGCCCCAUAUUUACACGAAAACGCCACGCCCACUCUGUGCCACAGAAGUGGCCAAUCCUGAGUACAACGGUUAGUGUCGCUUGGAGUUUCGGAAGAGAAAGGUGUGGGGACUGGUGAUCGGCAGAGAGUUCAGGAGCACAAUGGGAGAAAUUGAAGGUACUUACCGUAUACUACAGACACCAGGUACUCGUCUGGGCAUGCAGAAGAAUGCUGGCAUAAGCACCUUGGAACCUGGACAGAACUUAAGUACAGCUUUCUCCACAAGCCCAAAGUCACAAAACCAUGAAUCCUACACCAAUGUGCUGCUGCUGGACAGUAGCACCCUUCCAUUGGAAAUAGGGCCCAAGACCACAGGACAAGCCUUGCUGAGCCAGCUGUUCACUCAUCUAAAUGUGGUGGAGACAGACUACUUUGGCAUUGAAUUUCAGACAGCACAGGCACAGUGGGUCUGGUUGGAGCCUCUAAAAUCUGUUAACAAGCAGCUGCGCAAACCAAAAAAUGCUAAGCUGCGCCUGGCUGUGAAGUUUUUCCCUCCAGAUCCUGGUCAACUUCAAGAAGAAUAUACAAGGUACCUGUUUGCUCUGCAGAUCAAGAGGGAUCUUGAGGAGGAGAAGCUGGUCUGCUUUGAUAGUACAACAGCCCUACUGAUUUCCCUGCUCUUGCAGUCGGAGAUUGGGGAUUAUGAUCAAAAAGUAGUUCAAGACCAUUUGCAGAAUACAUACUACGUACAGCGCCAGCACAGCCUAGAAGAUCGGAUAAUGAAGUACCAUCAGCAGCACAUUGGCAUGUCUCCUGGAGAUGCAGACUUUCAGAUCCUGGAAAUUGCGCGGAGGUUGGAUCUGUAUGGGACUCGUUUUCAUCUGGCUUCUGACCGGGAAGGUGCCAAAAUCAACCUAUCUGUGUCACACAUGGGAGUUCUGGUUUUCCAGGGGAGUACAAAAAUAAACACCUUCAAUUGGUCAAAAAUUCGAAAACUGAGCUUUAAAAGGAGGCGCUUCCUAAUAAAGCUGCACCCAGAGGUUCAUGGUCCGUAUCAAGAUGCUCUUGAAUUUUUGCUGCCAAGUCGGGACACAUGUAAGAGAUUCUGGAAAAUUUGUGUGGAGUAUCAUAGCUUCUUCCGCCUUCAAGAUGAGCCCAAACCAAAAUCCAAACCGGUCCUGUUAAGCCGCGGUUCCUCUUUCCGAUAUAGCGGGCGAACUCAGAAGCAGCUGAUUGAUUAUAUGCGAGACUCGAGCAUAAAGAGACCGUCAUAUGAAAGGAGACACAGCAAAGCCAGAGUUUCCCCUUGCACUGCGAUCCCUGACCCUCCAAAGCAGAUCCUCACUUUCGCUGAGAGUUUGAAGACUCCUCUGCCAUCUUCCUCACCCAACCAGCCCCUUCAUUCAUUUUCCAGCAUAACUGUGCCAUCUCCUCAAAAGAACAUGCCCAGAAAUGAUGAGAUCAUGUCAUCUCGACCACAAGAAGAACCUGUUAGGAAAGCUGCAGAAGAUUCCACACUACCAGUGCACGCAUCAUUACCAGGUCUAAGCCCCCACCCUAUCCCUUCCUUGAGUAGUGAGCAGGAUUCAGAAGGAAUCAGAGAUACAGAUAAUGACCCUCAGAAUGAGAAUGUUAGAAUAUGGGUGUCAGGAGUCUCUGAUCCUUUCCUCCCUACAGAAGAGUACAUAGAUGAUGAUCCAGCUGACAUAUCCUUUGGUGGAGGGGCAGAGCUGUAUGAUUAUGGUGGGGAUAUGUUACCAUCUGUCGAUGAGGACCAUUUAACACAAGAGUAUUACCUUAAGGAGGAAGAUGAAAGUGACUUCAAUGGCAACUCAAGGCCCACAGAUGCUAGUGAGUUAUUUCAAGUGAAGGCUCAGGCUAGUUUGAUGCAAAGUCUGUUGAGCCCUUCAGAAAGCAGCUCCCUUCUUCAACAUCGUUCAGAGAGCAGUUCAUUGCUUCACCACCGAUCUGAAAGUAGCUCCCUUUCCAAUCUCAAUGGGAUGCCUCCUUUCUCCCGCUCUGCCAACCAUUCCACUGCUAGUUCCAUGAUCAAUUUCCCAGCCUGCUCUGUUAGAUCUGAAUCAAGCUCUGCAUUCCAGUUUGGUGACAUCUUGGACCAGCUGGAGCAGCUGAGUUACCCCCCCACAACAACGGAGGACUCCAGCAGCUCCAACGGAGACUCGUGGGACUCUGAUGGGGAGCCUCCCCUUGACAUAAACUUAUUCUUCAGCAAUCCUCUGACAAAUUAUCAUGCAAAUUUAAACCAGUUUGGGGUGCCAGAUAAGAAGGGACAAUCCGAUCCCCUUGUGAAGCAUGACAAAUACCUUAUGGUACUCAAAGGAUAUUCCUUUGGCGAGUAUUUGCAGUAUUUCAAUAUCCCAGGCUGUUUUGUUUCUACAGCUACACGCAUUGUCAACACAUCACCAACAGAUUCAGAAUACUUCUUAGUUUACCGACCUCCUGUGCAGGCUGUGUCUCGGGGAGGUGGAACUGUGCCUCAGACUGGAAAUGAUUUUUGGCAGGCACGUUGUUCCAUUGCUGGCUACCAAUACUUUCAUGGGGAACAGACUCCUGAGGAUACAUCUUUAAUGUGGGGAUGUCGCUUAUCUCCUGUCACACUGAGAUUGCCUGACCUCAAUAUGCCAUGUGGUAGCUCCCCUCUGUUGAGCCCAGCUCUUAGUGACACUGGUACCAGAGCUGAUGAUGCAGAAUACUGUACUGAGAAAAAGCCUAUGGAUGAAGCCUAUUACAUUGUCAAGGAAAUUCUAAGCACAGAGACAUCUCAUCUAAAGGACAUUGAGGUCAUUAGUGUGUGGCUGCACAAACUUCUCAGUAAAGGGGGUCUUCUCGUGGGGCCAGCCGAGCAGCUGAUGAAACCUUUGUUUUCAAACAUGGCGCCCAUGCAGCAGUUCCACAAGGACUUUCUGCAGCAGCUUGAGGAUGUCGUUAUUCUCUGGGAGGGGAGAUUUUCACAUGCCAAGGAUACCCAAAUAAUUGGAGACCUCAUGCUAAGGAAUAUAACAGUUCUACGGGCUUUGCUGCCUCACCUACACAGACUGGAAGAUGUGUUCCUGGAGCUGCAGAGAAAAUCCCCAGGGCAGCAGGAGGUGGAUGUUUUUCUGCAGGAGUUUGAGCAACAGAGGGUUUGUUACUUGCCCCUCAGCUGCCUCCUGCUGAAACCCUUACAGCGGCCCCUGCAGUAUGAGAAACUGCUAGAGAGAUUGUGCCGGCAUUACCCUCCUUCACACCAUGACUACAACAACUGCCAGCGGGCAUUGGCCGAGGCCAGUGCAGUAAGCUCCAGACUGCGCCACCGUCUGUUACACCUGCAGAAUCUGCAGAGACUGGAUCAGUUGCAGAGGGACCUGCUAGGGGGAGACCACCUGUCAUCUCCGGGGCGGGAGUUUAUCCGUGAGGGCUGUCUGUACAAAUUGACCAAGAGUGGCCUGCAGCAGCGCAUGUUCUAUCUGUUUUCAGAUAUGCUGAUAUACACUCGAAAGGGCCUGAGCUGUACCAAUCAGUUUCGAGUGCAUGGACGCCUUCCACUGUAUGGCAUGCUGGCUGAGGAUAGCUACAGUUCUGUCCCUCACUGCUUCACUAUCUACUCAGCACAGACAACUAUAGGAGUGGCAGCCAGCUCACAGCUGGAUAUGAGGCGCUGGUUGGAUGAUCUGAAUGCUGCAAUAAGCCGUGCCCCCAGAUACAGUGAACUCUCCGCCCAGUCCCUUCAGCAGCCAAUUAUCACAUCCUCCGGAGAAAGCCAUUAUCCUAACACCCUGAGUCAUGUUUGUUGGUAUCGGAACCAGAGUGUCUCCCUUGCUGAUCACCUUACUAUGAUGGAGAACCAGCUCUCAGGCUACCUUCUUCGCAAGUUUAAGAACAGCAAUGGGUGGCAGCGCCUGUGGGUGGUCUUUACCAACUUUUGCCUUUUCUUCUACAAAACCCAUCAGGAGGAUGCACCUCUCGCCUCUCUGCCUCUCCUGGGAUACACCGUGAGCGUCCCGUCCUUCUCAGAUCCUGUCAGCUGUCAGCAUGUGUUCAAACUCCAAUUCAAAUCGCACGUGUACUUCUUCAGAGCAGACAGCGAGUAUACAUGGAGAAGGUGGAUGGAGGCCAUUAGACGUGGGGUCAGUUCUCCAGGCAAGAUAGGCCAUUUGGCGGAAGACGGAAGCUGUUCUGUGUGACAGGUGAUCAGAAUCACAAGAGCAUGUUGUAUACUAAUAAUGCUCUUAUUUUAAAGGAGAAGGAAAGGCUAAUAAAGAGUUAAUCUCAAGCUGCAGGCAUACCUUCAGUUCUCUCAAUAG